GUUGAAUGUAGCGACAGCAUCGGCCCGGCCCCCCACCUGUCGCUCCCCUGCCGUUGUUGUUGUUAUUCUAAUUAUACAAAAUCCACACGCAGAAGAACACGACACGCAAGCGUACGCAUUCCAAAAAAAAACAUCUACACGUCACCAAAGUUUCUCCCAUCCAGGUGUGUGCACUGCCAGCCAAAGCAAAAUGCGUCAAUUGAAAGGCAAGGUCAAGGAGACGCGCAAGCAGAAGAAGGAGCGCAAAUUGGAUAAUGUGGAGAUACAGGGAAAAAUUCGUACAAUUGUUUUGCCGGCCAUGGGCGUCAUAGCGCUAUUCCUGGUGCUGUUCGUCUACCUUAAGACGCGGCCUGCAGUCAUUGCCUAGUGCAACGGGGCACAUGCACACCGUCACCUGACCGUCUAUGUCUUUAGUCAUAAGUUAGUAUAUUUUCUGAAUUUAAAUGUUACCUGUCCAGUGUGCAAUUCGUGUCUAAAGUUGUCUAUUGUACAAAUGUAGUCGUAUGAAGUAUCGUUAAAGUAAAGGAGUACCUUGCAUUAA